AUGAUACUCUGUUUGCUUGAAGAUUCCGCUCCAGCUCACAAGACCAGAUCAAGCAGUGGCUGCAAAAGAACAUUCCAGAGUUCGUCUCUGCGUCGGAUUGACCCUCAGGAAGCCCUAAUUUCAACUCACUAGAUUAUCGGCUUUGGUCCGAACUGGAGAGCAUGGCAUGCCACAGAGCACACU